CGCGACAACCCGUCGUGGUCUGCAUCCUUCAUCCUUGCCAAGCGGCCAUUUGCCAACCUACCUAUUCUGUAUGAAGGACACAAGACAACACAUUCUCCACGGUAAUCGGAUCUGAGCCGCACUGAACUGUUGUUUUAUUUUCUUUUCCAUUGACAUCCUUGCGCGGCGUCGGCCAUGCCAAUCUUCUCUCAAUCGUUCCAAUUCCAAUUUUAACGGACGCCCAGCCGAACUCCCGACAUCCUUGCGCGCACUGUUUGACGCUCUGGCUUGCCCUGCUGCAGCAGCCAUGUUCUUCGCUUGAUUCUGCUAUGUUGACAAGUACCGAAGGAGAGCCGUAGCGACGGCGUGAACCCGCGGCGUGGGACUUCGGCGGCGGGAAUUGCGGCGGCUAGUUCAGUGUGGCAAGCAGAGUAGGUUUUGAUGCUGCAGCGAGGGUACCAUCUUCGCGUGGGAAGGUAGUCGUAUUGAGUCGGCGGCAGAGGGUUGCCGCUCCCGAAUACAGGCUUCCCUUAUUGGGGUAAUCGCUACAAGAAGAAGGCAUCUAUAAUCUCUUUGCCUCGAGGAAGCUGUAUUGGUCUGGCGGCGCAUUUACAGCUUAAUUUUGCCGUACCGACUUGUUUUUUUUUCAAGUGAAGACAAAAGUGAAUAGUUGUUUUGACAGCCAUGGGAGUUGUGGAGGAACCUUGCCAAGAUGUUAUCCCGGUGCAUCAGCGGGUUUGGCGUUUCACUUGGGCGUUGCUGUCGUUCCUUUUCAUCCUGUGGUUCUUCAUCGUGCUGGGCAUCAAUCAUUGCACCAAGCAGACUAAUCCUAAUGUCGACUGCGCGGUUCCUGGUUUGGGAGUUUUCUCCUUCCAGCCUCUGAGGGAGAAUCCGCUUCUUGGACCUUCCAGAAAGACGUUUAUUCGAUUUGGUGCCCUUGAUCCGAGGAGGAAUUCUCUAAAGAAUGAGCAAUGGAGAAUUUUAACUUGCAUCCCGCUACAUGCCGGCCUGUUCCACAUCUUGGUGAACUUAAUCACUCUCGUUUUUGUGGGAGCGCGGCUGGAAAGAGAGUACGGCACAUUGACCAUCCUUGGAGUUUGGUUUGCUUCGGCGCUAGGAGGUGGUCUUUGGUCGGCGAUACUUCUCGUCCCGGAGAAUGUCUCUGUCGGUGCCUCUUUCCCGACGAUGGGCCUUGUCGGGCUGACAGUUGUGGAUAUGCUUCUGUAUGGAGAUCUGUACGUCAACAAGGUUGUUGCUGCCUAUAGUCUGUUCCUUGUGUCGGGAUUGCAUAUCGUGGUCGGCUUGAUGCCGAACGUCGACAACUGGGGUCACAUUGGAGGCUUCAUCUCUGGCUUCUUCAUCGGUCUGCUGGUUCUGACACGUGUCGAGCCUACUUGUAUGUCGCAAGUGGAAGGGGGUGUGGCUGUCAAGAAAAGGAUUGAUCUUGGCUUCAAACGGCGGGUAGAAAUUUACCGACGACCCCUCCGAAUUGGAGGGACGAUGGUGGUUGGACUUGGGUGAGUGCGAAAGUUUGUUUAUUCUCGCCAUGUGUAUUCUGCUCCCAAGUUUAUUCUCGCCAUGUGUACUCUAAAAAUCUCUUUUUCUUUUUCUUUUAAUAACAAAAACAAAAUCGUAAACAUGUGUCGAUUGUGUAUUCAUUGCCUCCUCCUCUUUUGUAUCAAGAAAAGGACCGACAACACUGGCUGGCUCGCCUGUUCGGAUGAGCCUGAGAAGAGGGUUGACCUGGGACCGCUUGACAGAUGGAACAGAAAGGACGCGGAGGACAAACUCAAGACUAUAUGCAAACGGGCCUGUAGUUAGAGCCCAGCCGAGAGGCCGAUCUCCAGCAUGGCCUUGCCUUGCUAUGUGCUGAGGACUCUUUUUGCCUAUUCCAGGCACUAGACCUGCUCACGCUCUGCCUGAUUGACAGAUGUGCCGAUUGUGCGGUUUCGGUAAAAAGCCCGCCGUGUUUCCCACUAGAUUUCCAGGUAGCCUUUUUCGAGGUAUUCCCACUAGAUUUCUAGGUGAAAAGUGUCAUGCUCCUCGCUCGAGUCAUGAGUUCCUAAGCCCCUGUGUGUGCGAUUCGUGCCGAUAUCGCAAUGAUUGCCGUGGCGGUAAUGGAUGGCGGCCUCAGCCCAUGUGGCUACCGUCUUCAUUCGAAACGAACUCCCGGAAAUUGUCCCUGCAUUUGGACAGAAGAUUGCCCCAAAUACGGCCAUAAUGCCCGGGCGUUAUAUUCUCCCGAAGAUGUAGUCUCUCCAUUGACGAUACCACCACCUCCCCCGGCAAUUUGAAAUGCACAGUUGUAAGUAAGUGGUUCACUUAAAAUGUCCAGCGCUCAGAAAAAUGUAAUGCCUAAAUGUGCUUCCGCUGAUGGAUUGGCCGUGUUGGCAAUGAGAUGCCCCCCUCCUCUGGUAAUGAAGAGUUGGAGUUAUGGGUGUGCGCAUUUACUCAUAUGUCUGAUUCCCCCUGAUGGAUUGGGCGUCUAGAGAGCUUGCUUUGUGUGAAGUUGGAGUCUGGCGAUUAGGUUGAACUGCGGUUUGUUUGUUCCUCCCCCCCCCCCCCCCCCGCCCCUCCCCCUUCUUUUCCACGGUUUUCCCAACUGUCUUUUGGCUUCUGCUUAUGCUUUGGCUUUUGCGGGUUUUAGACAUGAGCACAUAGCGGCGCAGCUUUUAGAAAAGUGUCCCAGAAAAGUAUCCCUGGCAUUGGACGAACUUCAGGUCACAGGUCACAGGUUCAAAUCCUGGAGGAUGCUAAGUUCUUUGGGAGAGUGACCGAGUGAGUGGAUAGAUUUGGGUGAGUGCCAUGCCAGGAAUGAUUUGGUUGUUUGCGAGAACGGUGUUGGUUAGGAAUUCCGAAGUCGCCGUUUCUUGCAUAAGGUGCGUGUCUAGGCUUAAGAAAACUAGGCCCUUUUUUUGGAUAUGGUGUGUGAGCAGAGGCAACGUGGCACGUGGACUUUGCCAUGCCCGUCACGAGAGUGACGAAUUGUCUAUCAUAAGGAAUGUUCUCUGGCAAAUAUAUUGCAUGCGAUCCCAUGUCCGCUGCAGCCAACCAUACAAGCCUACCUCGUCCUUCUUCGAGGUUCAGAUUCCCCCCCUCCACUCUUCUGUAGGGCUGGUUUCGCAUUACGAUGUCAACCAUGUCAAGCUAAGUUUGCGAUAGCUUGCGUGCUUUGAUUGUUCUCCCUUUUUUUUUCUUUUCUUUUUUUUUUCCAUUUUCGUCAUGCCAUAGGAUAGAUCUUCACGAUGUGGCCUUUGUCCUCUUUCUCUUUACUACGCUUUCAAGGCAAUAACAACUUGCUCAUUGCUUCUUGAGAAUGCUUGUCUCUUGCCUCUCUCUCUCUCUCGCUCGCUCGCUCGCUUGCUUGAUCGCACGUUCACUCGUGUUUCUUUUUUAGUUUGUGUGACUUGGCGCGUGGUUUGCGUGUGUGAGUGUGCGCAUAGGGUGUGUCGAUUGUCAAUCCCUCUCUCUUACUCUGAGCUGCAUAAUGGGAUGAACGGGCACUUGUGCAUGUCCCCGUCGACCUAAACAUGUCUGUCUUCGUAGUAUUCAGUCGAGGAGAGGAGUGGAGAUCGAAGUCCUUCAUUAGACUCGGUCAGAUAAAGACCCGUGUUGUGUACGUAAGAAUUAGCACGGUUGCGUCCAGUCUGGACAUAACAAGUCCGUCAGUGGACUUGCUUGCUUGUCUCGCUGGCAAUGCUCACAUCUUCCUGGGUUGAAGUUUUUCGGCGGUGAAGGCUGUCCGUUGUUCGAGUGCCCACCAAACUCUGUAAUUUUAGUGUACAUGUGAAACUCGGGCCGUUUCUAGUGUCGACAGUCUUCCCUUCGCCUAAAAAUCCUUCUUGCAUUUGAGGUCUCUUUUCUUGGACAUUUGGCUUGUCGAGGUCUUCCUUUUUUUUUGAACUGGUUGUGCUUUGUGGCUUUGUCCGCUCCACCCACUUUUAGGCAUCGUAAGACCGGGACCGAUCAUCUCCCCCCACCUCUCUCUCUCUCUCUCUCUCUCUCUCUCUCUCUCUCUCUCUCUCUCUCUCUNUCUCUCUCUCUCUCUCUCUCUCUCUCUCUCUCUCUCUCUCUCUCUCUCUCUCUCUCUCUCUCUCUCUCUCUCUCUCUCUCUCUCUCCCCUUCCUUUAAAGGGUGUUUUGCCAACAUCCUACAGAGUAGGAUUCGUCUAAUCUUUUUCAUAGACAGGAGGAUGGGAUGGGGGAAGGCCAUAACUGUUCCGGUCUUGGCUCUUCGAUAUUUUCAUUUAUCUGUUUGGAAAUCUUAUUUUCUUUAAGAGACAACCUGCAGUUAAAUUUAACUCUGCUAAGAAUUUCAGUUUGUUCUGCAGUAACGCUUUUUUUGAGGUGUGAGUUUGGCCCUAGGCCAUGGCUUAGA